AUGGAUACUGAUUUGCCUAAUGAUCCCGUUGAUACCAAUUCAAAUCAGGACAACAUUUCGGUCUUAAUACACCCUCUGGUGGUACUUAAUGUGUCAGAGCAUUGGAUGAGAGAGAAGCUGGCUCUGGAUUCCACUGCUGUUGUCGUUUACGGUGCGUUACUGGGAAAGCACAGGGGGCGGGAGAUCGAGUAUCAGAUAUUUAAUUCAUACGAAAUCCUUGUUAAUGAAGACAUGACUGUGGACAGAGAUUACUUUGCCGCUCGUGAAGGCCAAUUCAAGCAAGUGUACCCGGGACUGGAUUUAAUCGGUUGGUAUGCAACAGGAGGACCCAUUACUGAAGAAAAUAAGCUCUUAAACUCUAGAUUCCUUGAAAGUAGUGAGUCGUUGAUCAUAUUGAAACUGAAUCCUUUGGAAAAGUCAGGCGAACGUCUUCCCAUUAGAGUGUACGAAACAGUAGUCGGCAGCGAUUCUUGUGUUGACUUCAAGCAGAUACCCUACACUCUGGCGCACGAUGCGAUUGAGCACAUUGGAGUGGACCAUUUGGCUCGUGUCAACGCCUCUGCGGGUGGUGCUACUGGAAGUGGUGGCGGCGUCGGCAGUAGUGCAGACGAUAUCUCUCCCACCGCCGAAUGUCUAAUGGGUAACUUUCACGCAGUACAGAUGCUCUCCAAGCGGCUGCACCUCCUCCGCGACUACGUAGACGCUGUGAUGCAUGGCGAGCUGCCUUCGCACGCUGGCAGACUGCGCGAAAUUCAUGCCCUCCUCUCUCGUCUCCCCCAUUGUCUCGAGUCCGAGGGCACCGACCCCGACACUGUCGGUGCUGACGGCGGCAGCAGCAUGCGCGGUGGUGAUGAUGGGACGAACUCUCUAUUGCGCCAGGCUAACGACGUCUGCCUCAGCUCCCUCCUCGGUGGUUUGACGCGGGCCCUUCAGAGUCUGCAUUUGUGGGUAUGUCAGGAGAGGUUAGUAGCAGCGUGCAAGGAUGCCUCGGAGAAGGGACAAGGGAUAGGUACGACGACGACCUCUCAGCGAUUACGGCCCACCUUCAAAAUGCCGCUCCCACCGCCCACGAUGGAGGUUGUGGCGGCUGGGGAGGAUGGGACGAAGGGUUGA